AUGGAUCCAUACCAGUAUCAACGGAUCAAUCUUGGUCGACCUUCUAUUCGACUUCUCCAACUCUACAAAGGGGACUGGUCCGAGAAGAUUCAAGGCCAUUUUGUUAGUGCCUGGUUUGACGAGCCUGAUAGUAUCAUACCAUAUCUUGCAUUGUCUUAUACCUGGGGUAACAUUGACAAAGUGGAAGAGGUUAUAAUCGACAGCGCCAGAAUCAAAGUGACUUCCAAUUUACAUAUGGCACUUCAGCAUCUAAGAUCUGGGGAAGAGGAUCAGAUUUUUUGGAUUGAUGCUUUGUGUAUCAAUCAGGAAAAUGUCCAUGAAAAAAUUCAUCAAAUCAGACAGAUGGGCGACAUAUACAAGAAGGCCGAAAAGGUCGUGGUUUGGUUGGGCCAAGGGACUGAAGAAACUGAUCUUGUGAUGGAUUCCAUGAAGCGGCUGCGGAAGGCGAGUUUAGGUUGGAAUUCAGCAGAGUGGAAAGAUAAGGCCAAUGGUUGGGUCGAUGAAAAUAAUGAACACUUGGAAAAUUCGCGCGAGCAAAUGAGAUUAAUAUUGCAACGACCAUGGUUUCGAAGAAUCUGGAUCUUACAAGAAGUUGCCAAUGCUCGGCGAGCAACGACAGUACAUUGUGGUAAUAGAUCCAUCACCGUUACGAUCUUCUCCCAGUUUCCGGCUCUGAUUGCUUUAACCCCCGCUGUACAUUGCCAAUCAGUUCUGGAUAUAAUGCCUGGAAUUUUGCGGAAAGAGACUUGGUGGAGGCAAGGCCAAAAGCUUCAAACGUUACUAGUAAAGUUCCGCGAAAGCGAGGCAACUGAUGAUCGAGAUAAGAUAUAUGCAUUACUGGGUAUAUCUUCAGACGCACAUAGGAGUAACAUCUUAGAUCCAAAGUGUGAUAAGUCCUCACAACAGGUCAUCCGAGAAGCUGUCUCAUUCAUACUGUCUGAGAAAUAUCCUCAAUUAAAAGAUGAUGCGUCACUCUAUCAGUUUCUUGACUGGAAUUCGACAAAGUUUUUAGACAAUGUAGAAGAUUUAGAAGGUGCUAUGUUGACGGAUGCGUUCCAAGGAGCAGAAGAGGAAUUCUUAAAGCUAUUCAUUGAAACAGAUGUGUGUCAAAUUAGCUCGAGAGGCUUUCAUGAUCGAGUUCCGGUGCAUUGGGCCAUUCAAAAAGACCGGCUCACCAUUUUAAAGAUGUUACUUGACGCAUAUCUGUGUAGUUUCGAGAAGAAAGAUUCAGAUAAGCAAAAACCCUUGUCGUUAGCUAUUCAAGCAGGAAACGCUAGAAUUGUCGAGCUAGUCCUCAAUGCGGGCAUAGACAUUGAGGCAACAUGUUUCAACGGUUUUACACCGCUGUUUCUUGCUAUUGAGAAGAACAACAUCGAAAUUGUUGAGCUUCUUCUUCGGAAAGGUGCGAAAUGUAAAGCACAGAAUAUGAGUAGCUCCAUUCUAUUAUCACAAGAAAGCAAUAGAUCUGGCCAGUCCAUAUCUCCAACUUCAAGUUCUAAAAAUCAACUUCCAUUACCAUUUGCAAUUGAAAAAGGGAAUUACGGUAUCUCUAAAUUGUUGUUUGACCGUGGUGCUUCUCUUAGAGAUGGGGGCCCAUCGUCAGAUAUUGAAUGUGGAGUCGACAAGAUGGUCGAGUUCUUGAUCGAUCACGGUAUUGGCACAGACGAACCAAAGCCCGGAAUGCGUCUACAGUUGGCCGCUAAGCUUGGAAACGUCAAACUUACCGGGGAAUUCAUCAAGAGGGGUUUUGCGCUUGAGAGUAAAGAUGGGUACGGCCAAACACCGUUAAUGUUGGCUGUCAUACAUGGCCACUAUGAAACCAUUAAGCUGUUACUCAAAAGCGGUGCUGAGAUUCACAGUAAAGAUGUACUCAAUCAAACACCAUUAACGAUAGCGAUCGAAAACGGAAAUCAGGAAAUUGUGAAGCUUCUGCUUGCACGUGGUGCUGGGAUUCACAGUGAAAAUUCAUUCGCAACCUCAUUAAUGAUAGCGACCGAAAAUGGAAACAAGGAAGUUGUAGAGCUUCUGCUUCAAAAUAAUUUUGACUUCGAAAGAAAAGACGCGUAUGGCCAAACACCAUUAAUAGCUGCUAUCAAACAUAGGAGUAAAGAAGUUGUAGAGCUUCUGCUUCAAAAUGGUGUUGAUUUUGAAAGAAAAGACGAAUAUGGCCAAACACCAUUAAUAGCUGCUAUCAAACAUAGGAGUAAAGAAGUUGUAGAGCUUCUGCUUCAAAAUGGUGUUGAUUUUGAAAGAAAAGACGAAUAUGGCGAAACACCAUUAAUGGCUGCGAUUGAAAAUGGGAACAAUGAAGUUGUAGAGCUUCUGCUUCAAAGGGGUGCGGAUAUUGAAGUGAAGGAUAAUAUUGGCAGAACAGCAUUGUCACUCGCUGCUUCGUACAAAAUACUGAAAGCUGUUCAGCUUUUGCUUGAAAAUGGUGCAGAGCUUGAGACAAUAGACCAUGAGGGAGAAACACCGCUUCAGAAAGCAAUCGACCUAAGUUACAUCGUAGAUAAUACUGAUCAAAACGGGAUCGUUACGCUCUUACUUGAGAAUGGUGCAGAGCUCGAAACAAGGGACCGGGAAGGAAAAACACCACUGCAGAAUGCAAUUGUUUCAUACAAUUUCUCAACAACCAACGGUGAUCGAAAAGAGAUCAUUAUGCUCUUACUUGAGAAUGGUGCAGAGCUCGAAACAAGGGACCGGGAGGGAAAAACACCGCUGCAGAAUUUGAAGGCUUCGAAUUGGGAAAAUGAGACUAUCCGGCGAGAGUUUGUUGCGCUUUUGCUUGAGUGGGGUGCAAUUGAUAUGGAUGAGGAAUAA